GGUUAUGCUGUAAGGAGUUUCUUUCUCUGAAGAUGGAGUAAUCAACAAUAUUCUGCAAAUGUCUACUGUACUUCUGGCAAGCCCUGCACACGGGGUGAGGAUGGUCUCUGCUCACCAGGAGGGAAGGCACUGAGUGCACAAACCACACCAGGGCUGCUGCUGGGCCCUGGGAGACAGGAGCCACGUGUGUCCACGCUGCCUUUCAUCGCCAGUGUGUUGCUGACUGGAUGAAAUGAAUUUCUGCAACUCAGCCCCUAUCCAAUGAAGAGCUGCAGGACGCACUGAAGUGUAAAUACAUGAAUGAAAGGAGAAUCUGAACCAGCAUCUGUGGUGAGCAGCACUGAUGGACUGACCAUCCAAGCAGCACCUUGGCAAAAUCAGAGCAUGUGCUACUGCUGCCACCUGGCCAACCACACAGCUCAGAGCCCCAGACGUGAGACUGUCUCUGCUCUCCUGGGGACGAGGGGAUGACCUGUUAGAAGCAGAUGUGGUUCUGAUUUCCUCAGAAGAAGCACAAAAGGAGAUGUUCUGUUCUUUGAAAAUAACUGAAGCCACUGGCAAGAAGCAGCGACACUGCAUCGAACAAGGGAACCGCUUCCAGGUUAUCAGAACAUGCUGUUGAACUGAAUUUUGCAGCUGCGUUUUCCAAUGUACCAUGGGAUGCAUCAAAUCCAAGGCUGCCUUCCAAGGUUCCAACACUGUCCAGGAUGAGAAGAUCGGGGGAGGUGGCGAGGGGUGCACUGGGGAGAAGUCGUCACUGCUGGUGGUGAAGGCGGAGGAGAAGGGCCCCUCGAGCACCAUCGUGCUGGACUACGCGCACCGGCUGUCGCGCGAGAUCCUGGAGCAGGCGGUCAAGCAGUGGGCAGUGACCGAGAGCAAGUACAGCGACAUCCCCUUCAUCGAGAGCGACGUGCCCUGAGCCCUGCCGGAGCCUGGCCCGUCCGGGAGCGCUCUGUGCGGGCUGCUGGCGCAGAUAAAGCACCCCCAGCUGUCCUCGGAGCAUCCCUGCGGGGAGGUGUCUGCAGGGAGAGCCUGAGAGAAUUUGCCUUUUAACAUAGGUUGGUAACAAACUAACUGGAUCCCAGUAGAACCCGCUCAUCAAGUGUCAUUCGUUGUCAGCUGUAUGUUGAGUAUAUUCUGUCUUUGUAUCUGUUGGAUGUGACCAGAAGUUAGCAUUAAAAAGAGGAUGAGAAGACUGUGGCUGCCCUGCACCUCUACAAACACUGCCACAGAGGACAAAACAUGGAUUAUUUCCAUGUUCUGCAUUAAAAAUCAGUGGUCUGUAGGUGAGAUGAACUCUCCAUACUUGGUGAAUUUUUCUGCAUUUUGCUAAAGUGAAAUCAAGGUCUGCAUGUAGCAAAGGUUACUGCUAUCAUGAAUUUUACUUUUGAUUCUAUGACCUGACUAGAUCUGUAAAACCACAAGAUAAUGAAGGUGAUGAGAGUGCUAUGUAAACCCCAGUAGUAUUCAGGGAGCCAUUUGGAUGAUGAUGCUAUUUACCUUCCAUUGAAGUGAACCAGUGAGAAACAUGCCCGUGUUGAUAAGCAGCGCAUUAUCAUUAACAGAUGCUUCUGUAAAUGCAUGAAAGCUUGUCUCUAAAACCCUGCAGUAAGACAGGUUAAUGACAUCUGGUUGCUGUGUUCAGACUAAAGCUGUUUGGUUUUUUGAUUUUGUUUGGGGUUUUUUUGUGUUAGGGUGCUGGUUUGGGAGGAUUUGGUUUUGUUGUUUUACUGUAACCCAGAAAGAUGUGCAAAAACUACUGAUGGUAACUAGUGAAAGGAACAUUUAAAGGCGUGGCAAUGCUUUAGGACAAUUUGUUUCAUGGGAACUGUGGCUGCAUUACGCUGAAAUUCCUCUCUGAAGUACCACCCUUGGGACAGGAUGUCUUCCGCUUCUGCAGGCUGCUGCUUCCCCGUUGGAGAACCUGUUCAUGGCAAUGCCAGCAGGAGUCACAGGAGCCCCAGCCCUGAGCAGUGCUCUGAAUGCAGAGUUAGGGACUAAGCCUUAGGCCAGAGUUCAAAGGCUGCAUUUCUUCCCCAGUGCAUCCACACGCUGCUCCCUGCUUGCCCAGGAUUCGCAGCCUGAGCCACUGCACUCACAGCUGGCAUUCCACAGAUCAGGACACCCAUGGAUUGUUCCUAUUCAUCCCAAAGGUACAAUGUUGCUGAUGUUUUAUACAAAGUGAAGGCCUUCUAACAGCUUGGCUUUUACCACCUGUUUGUUCCUGUUUCUGUGAUGCCCAGUUUAAAAGAUACAGGUUUUUUCCUAGAUCAAAAUGCUUUCCAUUUUGUUUUCAUUUUAUAGAGAAAUGCUUUCCAUACUGGCUAAAGCUGUUACUAUUUUUAAAAGGUACACAUAGUUCUAGUAAAUGAUCCAAAGCAUGAUUUUUCAAGCAAUGGGAAGCAAGCAGAAAGAGGACCAUGUCAAAUGCUGGUUUUAGUUCAUUCUCUGAUGUGACAGUCUAUGAAUUGAGCUGUUUUGCAAAUGUUGUGACACAAAUUUAGGUAUUUGAAAUUCACCUAUACGAGGAUGUGGUUUUAUCAGGAAUAAAGGGUGAAAAAUGCUUCUCUGUGACACAGCACAAGGCUGCCAUUAAAUCCAAGUAAUCAGACUGGAUUCCCAGUGACCUGCUAUUACGGCUGUUCUCAGGCCUUUGCUGGAAAAGGGAACAAAAUCAGCUUAUGCUGUAAUGUCAUCGUCUUUGAAGUUACGUAGUCAUCUUCAAAGCCCUGUGCAAAGUGGGACUAAGGUUUAUGGUUCACUUAAAUUCUCCUGCUAACAGUGAUGUUCCUUCAAGAUCUACAGCAUAUAAGACAUUAGGUCAUACUCUGUUUGCUCUAAAAUACCUCCAUAUAUUAGUGUGAGUUAGAAAGCAAAGGAAGCCAAAACCCUGAUCAAGUCAGUACAUAUCAAUUUGAUAUUGCUUAACCACAGUAUUAAAAAAAAAAUCCUGUUCUUACUCUAGAUAAAAUAAAGCUUUA